AUGGGUCAGCUAAAUGGUCACUGGAUAAAGGCACUUGCCUCUAAUCCUACUGGCCCGAAUCUGACCCCCAGAUCCCACAUAGUGAAAGGAGAAAAUGAACUCCCAGGUUCCAUGGAUUUCUUUGCUACCUAUGAAGACUAUUCUGAGGAUGAAGAAUGCUUGAUCAGUGGCACCAGGGAUUCUGCUGUCACCUCUGGAUGACGACCAAACUUUGCAAGCAACCACAUGGCAGAGUAUCGGAAGCACAGCUGCAACCCCUUGGUCCUGCAGUUGCUCUCGAACUUCCUGUUCUUAGCUUGGCUUCUGCUGAUCAUUCUUGCCCUAGUCUCAAAGGUCCCCAGCUCCCAGAGUCAAGACAAAAUCUACCAGGAGCUCAGGCAGCUGAAGACUGAAGUACACGAUGACUUGUGUCAACCCUGUCAAAGGGACUGUGUGUUCUUUCGUGGAAACUGUUGUGUCUUCUCCAAGUCCCAAUGAAACUGGUACAACUCCAUCACUGCCUGCCUGGAAGAGGGGGCCCAGAUGGUCAUCAUAGAGACUGAGGGGGAGCAGUGUUGGAAUAAAGAGGAGCCCAACAAUGUCGAGGAUGAAGAUGGCACAGAGUUCUCUAGGGAUGGCUGGAAUGAUCUCAAAUGUGAUGCCCUAAAUUUCUGGAUCUACAAGAAAGCUUUAACUUCAUCAUGCACCACCAAACAAAAGCCAGUUCAUCUCAGCCUCUGCAUCCCAAAUUCCAGUAUCAGGAGGAUGAACUUGACUUGUGUCCAUGUCCUUUCUCCUUGUUUGUUGGCCUUGAGGUGUUAA